UUUUGAUUUAUUAAGUGAUGAAGAUACUUAUGAAGAUACUUAUAUUGAAGAUACCUAUGUUAAAGAUACCCAUAUUGAAGAUACCCAUGGUAAAGACAGUCAAGUUGAAAAUAUUCAUGUUGAAAAUAUCUAUAUUGAAGAUACUUAUGUUGAAGAAUUAAAUAAAUCAAAUAGUAGAGAUAUUCAAACCAUUGAUAAUUAG